UGUAAUUUUGUUACGUGGAGUCUGUUGCAAAUGUAGAGCAAAAGCUCGAGUGUGACUUCUGUGGUAUCAUACCAGCGGCGGUAAUCGUGAGAAGCAACCUUAGGAUAUUCUUCUGUACUUGACAAACCAGAAGGAGCGCUUUCUGCCAUAUAAGAGAAGAUGGCCCUGUCUGGAUGGGUGUGUUUAGUUACGGGAGCCUCCAGGGGCAUUGGCAGAGGAAUAGCUCUGCAGCUUUCCGAGGCAGGAGCUACUGUUUACAUCACAGGACGCCAGGAGAAGACUCUGAAACAAACUGCUGCAGAGGUGAAUGAGAGAGGUGGGAAAUGUGUGCCAGUUGUCUGCGAUUCUACAAAAGAUGACGACAUUAAGGAACUCUUUGAACGGAUUAAGCAUGAACAGAACGGCAGACUGGAUGUUCUGGUCAACAAUGCCUAUGCUGGAGUACAGGCCAUCUUUGACAACUUGGGUAAGAAGUUUUGGGAAAUUGAUCCGUCGAUUUGGGAUGACAUCAACAACACAGGCCUCAGGGGUCACUACAUUUUCUCAGUUUAUGGGUCCCGGCUGAUGGUGGCUCAAGGUCGAGGUUUGAUAGUGAUCGUUUCAUCUAUGGGUGGGCUGCAGUAUCUCUUCAAUGUACCCUACGGAGUCGGUAAAGCAGGAUGUGACAGACUGGCAGCAGACAUGGCCGUUGAGCUGAAAAGUAGGGGAGUGGCUUCUGUCAGCCUGUGGCCAGGAGCAGUACAAACAGAGUUGGUAUCCCAGUUCAUACUGGACAAAGAGACACCACAGGGUGUGGAUUCCAAGUUUAAAGAAGUAUUCAUUAAUGGAGAAACCACAGAAGCGAGCGGGAAGUGCAUCGUCAACCUGGCAAAAGAUAAAAAUUGCAUGUCACUGACUGGGAAGGUGCUACUGACCAGUGACCUGGCAAGGCGCUAUGGAAUUAAAGAUGUUGAUGGACGUGAGGUUGUUGAUUACAUGUCCAUAAAAUUCCUCCUGAGCCAAGCCCGAUACUUCUCCUGGCUCUCCGUUCUUGUCCCCUCAUUCCUGCGCUUGCCUCGCUUUAUGCUGAACCUGGCAAACAGCCGCUUCUAGAGAUUUCCCUCAUCACUGCUCACACCAUCAUACUGUAACCUAAAGUUGGAAUCUUGUGGUUUUAGAUCACAGCUAUUGCUCUUUUCUUUAAGAAAAUUUAUACUCAGUAUGUCUUUUGUUUUUUUAAUGAAUAUUAACCCCAUUGUGGAUUUGCACACAUCCAUUCCCACUUGAGUAUUUUUCUGAUCACAAAUCUGCAAAAAAUUAAGCUAAAUGGGUUCAGCAUGAAGGACACUGCAGCAACAUAAACAGUCAUAUCAGCAAAGCACAAAAUGUGACAUAACAUUAUUUUUGAAGUUAUAUGCAGCUAAACAUAGCCUUUUUAUAACAUGUAAAUGUCUAUUUUGCACUCUUUAGCAUUGACUAGAUUUGAAUGUUUCAGAAGCUGUGGUAGGAAGAAAUCUUAGCAGCACAUUUAGAUGUUUUAAUACUGGAUGCAGCUACAUUUCUAUGAAUAGACUUUGCAGAAACUAACACAUUUUUUUCUCUAUUGUUUGCCUUUUUUUUCACUUGUUUGAGACAUUCAGACUAGCAGUUCAUCUUGCACGAUUUACCUACAUUAAAUACAACUUUCCCAUCAGUUGACGGGACCUGCAGAUGAAACUGCAUUUGGGAAACAUCCAAUGAGAACCAUCCUUCUCUGAAAAAAAAUGUGUGUGUUGUAAAAAGCUGUAUUUGGCCGCUAAGUUUCAAAUCUUUAAAUAAAGGAUUAUUAUUCUA